UCCAUUUGCAAUCAAAUGCUAAUAAAGGUCUAGUUAGUGACUUGGUAGCAUAAAGGUGUUUACCCUUUGAAUUGAUCAACAAAUUAAUCAUGGCUCGUGGCUUCCAAGUUCAAGCAACUUCAAUCACUAUAUUUGCCCAUUUGUUGUUCAUAGCAAUAACAACCCUUGUGUUAGUUUGGCUCCUACACUUCCGUGAAGGUGUUGCCUUCAAAUCUUCCAACCCAAUCAAGAUCUUCAACCUGCAUCCACUUCUAAUGGUAAUUGGGUUUAUUUUAGUUGGUGGAGAAGCUAUCAUGGCAUACAAGUCUGUGCCAGGAAAAAGGAGGUCAGUGAAGGUGGUUCAUCUUCUAUUGCAUUUCAUAGCUCUAGUGGCUGGAAUUUUAGGGAUUGUUGCAGUUUUCAUAUCUAAGAAUAAAGCAGGUCUUCCUGAUAUGUAUACAUUACACUCUUGGCUAGGCAUGUCAGCAAUCUGCCUAUUUGGUUUACAGUAUAUCUUGGGGUUCUUCGCAUUUUUCUUCCCAGGUGCAGAAAAGUCUACUAGAACUAGCCUUUUGCCAUGGCACAAAUUUAUGGGCAUGGUGAUCUUUCUCCUUGCAGUUUCCACUGCUGAGAUGGGUUUGGUUCAAUAUUUUCAAGAUUUUGGCCUUUUCCGAAGCCAAGAGGCACUAAUACUCAACUCCACUGGCCUCUUGCUCUUUCUCUUUGCUGUUUUUGUUUCCCUCUCUGUCAUUCUCCCAAGAAAUUUCUGAUCAAAAUAUAUGACCUCAUCUUUGCUACAAUUACUUCAUUUCUGUCAUUUCAAUUAAUUGUUAGAAAACAUGGUUCCAAUGAGAGAAACUGAAAUUGCUGUUAGAUUAAUCGACUAAAGUGACUGAUAAAUUUCUUUUUAUAGCAAAGUGAGUACAAGUGAUUAUUGUUAUCCUAUC